AUGACUACUUUGAUAAAAGUGGUACUCUUAUCACAAUCAUCUCUUCCAAAGCUGGCUAAGGUAAUAGAGAGUACUCAAAAAGCAAAAGAAAAGAAAAAUGGAGUAUGCGAUGAAACGGACAAAACUGGAAAUUGGUACAUAUACUGCACCGGUUUUAUACUUGAAGUGAUGAAUCUGUACCAGGUAGAAGUGGAUUCAAAAACAUUCGUCGACAGACCUUUGAAAGCCAACCCAGAAGUGAUUCUAAGUGAAUUUAUGAAAGAAUUUGGAAAAAAGUCAGUAAACUUUACUAAGAAGAAGCUCAUAAAUUUUCGAAAACGUUUUUUCGGCGAACCAGGAACAGAAUUAACCAGUUGCUUUAUUCCGGAUUGGAAAGAAUUACCACCAAAAAUCGCUCAGAUAAAAGAUAAAGAUCUGAAAAGUUUUGCAUUAUUUUUAAAUCGACGAUGGAAAGAUCUAUGCAGACAAAUAAUUAAAAUCAAGAAUCCGAAACGGAAUUCCUUGAUCGAAGUACCUCAUCCAUUCAUUGUGCCGGGAGGUCGAUUCAGAGAAUUUUACUAUUGGGAUGCAUAUUGGAUUGUAAAAGGUUUGAUUGCGAGUGACCUUUUCAUGAUGGUCAAGAACAUGCUGAAGAACUUCAUCUAUUGUGUCAAAAAAUGA